AUGACCAGCACAACCAUCUACGAGAAGAAGAUCGCGAAUGGCGAGACGCAGUCAUACCUCUCCGAAGACACGGUAGAUCUGCUAAAUGCUUUGAAGAGGGAGAAGAGACCCGCUGUCGGACCGCAUUAUGUGCCGCAGCGCCAGGUGGAGGAGUUUGCGGGGGAGGAGGUGAAGAUGUACCUCGACUCGCAAUUCUACGCCCUCGCAGAGCAAAACCCGCAGUUAGUGAAGAUCGCCGAUUCGCGAUUGGAGCUGCAUGCAGGUGCGAUAUUCCUCGCGACGGAGGAGUUGAUUAAUAGGAAUGAGACGACGAGGAAAUUGAAUGGCGAGUGUGUGCAUGUCCAUCGCUUGAAGGAUUAUUCGUUGCAUAUGGUUUUGGCCCCUGCUGAUUGUAAGAAAGUUUUCGAUGCUGGUUGGGGUCAGAGACAUGGGUUCAGUGGUGUGGAGAUUCCCAGGGCUUUGAUGGGCGGGAAAUUGAUUCAAUUGCCAUCUGAGUAUGUGUUGAUCUAUGCGCCGAGAACGAAGGAGGAGGUUACUUUGGUGCUGGGUCUUAUGAAGGCCAGUCUGAGGUAUUUGACUGGCGAGGAGGUGCAGUGA